AACAGGAAGCCAAAAAAAAAAUCUUGUCAACUCAAGUGCUCGUAAGCCUGAGCCUCACAUUUCUUCGUGUUCUCCAAGCUACAUUACGGUUAGAAGAACUGGUCUUUCCUGGCCGCCAUUGAGAGACCAACAUGGGGUGCUUCUUCUCGAAGAAAUCCAAAAGGAAGUCGGCUGAAAAAGAUGAGCGUACACCGACAACAACGACUGUCGAAACUACGACGACAGGCAACGCGGUUCCCCUUGGCAACAACACGGACGAGGCACCGAAGCAGUACAGCUGGGAUAAGAGAGAAAAGGUUGAUCCUAAAGACUACAUGCUGACGGGGCUCAAAGAUGUCACGGUGGGCCGUCUGCCUGGCAAACUGAACGGGCAACAGUUUGUCAUCCAAGAGUGUGAGAACUGCAAUAUCUACGUGUUCGACCACUCGGCGACAAUCACCAUCGAUGACUGUGUCAAUUGCCGCAUUUUUCUAGGACCUAUCAAGGGCAGCGUGUUUUUCAGAGACUGUAAAGACAUCAAGUGCGUGGUGGCCUGUCAGCAGUUCCGCACACGAGACUGUAAAAAGAUGGAUGUGUUCUUGUGCUGCGCCACUCAGCCCAUCAUCGAGUCGUCGACGGGUAUGAAGUUCGGCUGCUUUCAGUACUACUACCCCGAGCUGGCCUUCCACUUCAAGGACGCCGGGCUCAGCAUAUUCAACAACAACUGGAGCAACAUCCACGACUUCACGCCGGUGUCUGGGGAGAACAACUGGAGCUUGUUGCCAGAGGCUUCAGCGGUUCUUGAUUUUGUGCCACUCCCAGACACCGAGUCUGAGUUCAAGUCAAUUCGAAUCUCCACUGACCCUGAGCGCAGCAUUGUGCCUUUGACAAAGGGAGGGAGGCGUAAGGACAGUGAAGAGUCCUGCCUCUUUGUUUUCUUCGCUGGAGAGUACACCACUGCAAACGCCCGCAAACUGAUCGAUGAGGCAACUGCUAAAGGUUUUGUGCUGAUCCAGACGAAGGAAGUCUCAAUGAAACCUGAAGAUGUGAAGAGGGUGUUUCAGAACAAUGCAGAGGAUCUUGUAGAGUGGAUCACCAAAGGUCCUGUCAUCGCCCUGGAGCUGAACGGUGAUGGAGUCGUGGAGGCCUGCAAGAACAUCGCUAAUGAAGUGUUCAGCGGGACCAAGCUCUUUGUCUCUGACAACAAAAAUACGUCCUCUCGAGACGUGGACAACUUCUUCAACUUCGCUGACAUGCAGAUGGGCUUGUGAACAAUUAAUUAUCCAAACCAAGUGCUCGUCAGACAUUUAAUCUGAUCUUCUAACCCCCCCCCCGCCGCCGUCCAGCUUGGGUUGAGUAUGAGUAGAGUUUGAUUAUUGCCUGUUUUUGUCCUAAAAAUUGGAUAGCAAUGAAAAAUAUUAAUGACUGUGUUUGACAAAGCCUGGGAUAAAUCAAUUCAUCUCCCCAUCAUCCACCAACAUCAGCUGUAAACCACUUAAGACCCAUUAGUUGCUGAGAGUGCUGUGAAUAUUUAUAUUCCUAUGAAUGUAUUCUGUUGCUUUCUAUCGAUUGUGAAUGUAGCUCUUUGCUGUAAAUGUAAUUCAUCUUAAUUUAAAGCUUUGUUUUUCUUUACUGUCUGAAACCGCUGCUGCUGUGGGAAAACCACCAGCACACGAAUGCCUGAGGGAAAAGAUUUUAUACAUAUUAAAUCAUAUUUUUAUUUCUUACAAGGAUUUAUUUGUGUAUGUGGAUUAGAUAAAGGAUGUGUUUUGAAAUGUGUAUAUUUGAGACAUGCUGUGUAGAUGAUAACUACAUCUUUACUGAUAUCUGUUAGGCCAAAGUUGUGAACGUUUUGUGUUUUGCUCUUGGUGCAGAUGAAUUAGUGUGUUUCCACUGAAUCGUGUGAACACUUGUAAAAUUGCUGGGUUUUUGAUGUAGGCAACUCAUGUGACCAUCAUUUUUAUUUUGUAAUAUUUGUUUUAUACUGAAUGUUUUUGUAUAGACACAAAUUAAUGUUCUUUAUCAUCAUUUUUAGUAAAAAAUUAUAUGUGA